CUCCGCCUGGGCUGUCCAUGGCCGCAAGAAUCUGGAGUUACGCUAUUCUGAUGUGCUAUAUGUUGUUGCCUGUUUGCUCGGGGUCGGAGGGAUUUGCUCAGCAACACGUUACGGUAGACUUGUAACUAUGGAAUUUUGAGUCUUUGAUCGCAUUAUGUUCCAUCUCUACGCCAGAGAACAGGAUACAUAAAGAGGCAGCGUGAUGGCGUUCAGCAAGUGUACCACUUCAGCUGCCCAGACAAUCUAUCCAAGACCUCAUUGAACAAGCUAUUCAUACCACCAAAAAAUUACAUUAUAUUGCUUCAAGAUCGCCCAGUUAUCACGAUCAACAAUGGCUUCAUCAACGAACGCUCGCGGUUCAACUGAGCCUUUGCUCCCUCCCAAGCUCCAAAACAAUCCUACACCAGAAUCCUUGACACCUCUCGCAUCCGGUACACUGAAAACGCUCUCAGUAAUGCGCAUAGUGCUGGGCGCUUCCACUCUCGUUGCUCCACGCUGGACCUGCGCUCUGUUCUUCUAUCCACUCCCGGCCACUGCGGGCGUCCUGGCGCGUCUAUUCGGCAUUCGCGAGGUGGUUCUAGGAGAACUUCUCUACACCGCAGAAGAUAAGACCGCUGCGGAUGGUGGAAAGAGAGAGAUCAAGAGGGCGUUGUGGGCCAACAUGGCUUCUGAUGCAGUCGACUUGGGCAGUGUCACAUUUGCUUUGGCGACGGGAACGUUGGGACGAAUCCCAAGUGCAGCUUUUGCGGGCGGAGCGAUCUUCGCUCUCGUUCUUGGGGGUAUCAGUAUGAAGGGUUUGAAGGGGAAGGAUGAGGCUUGAACGAGGAGAUCGAUAUGGCUGUCAGAUCUACAUUAUCUGACCAACAAUGUCUUGACAAUUGGGGGAGGAUGGUGUUAAUGGGACGAAUCCUGUCUAGGUAUUUAGCCUAGCGGGGGGCGGUUUUGACUGUUUCUUGUAUCUACAUUCUUUCAGUGAGCAAGAUAGAUCAAUAUUGGAGUCUUCGGAACAUGAUA